AUGAGGGGAAUGUGUGUGUUGUUGUACCUUUGUGUCUUUCUGUUUGUCGCUCCUGGUGCCAUCGCUCAGUCUCCUGCAGAGAGUGAGACCUACACAGAAUGCACAGAUGGCUAUGAGUGGGAUGUGCAAACUCAACACUGUAGAGACAUAAACGAGUGUGAGACCAUUACAGAUGCGUGUCAGGGGGAGAUGAAAUGCUUUAAUCACUACGGAGGUUACCUGUGUCUCCCACGCUCUGCCUCUGUCAUAACUGCCCCUGAACCAUCCAGUCAAACAGAGACCAGUCUGUCUGCUGGGACUAAUGAGGUUUUCAACCCCUGCCCUGUGGGCUAUGAGGUUCAGGGUGACAACUGUGUGGAUGUGGACGAGUGUGAACUGGGCCUGCAUGACUGCCUGCCCAGCCAACAGUGCAUCAACACAGCAGGCACCUACACCUGCCAGUGCCCAGAUGGGUACAGCAAGAUUGGAUUAGAGUGUGUUGACAUUGAUGAGUGCAGGUACAGAUACUGCCAGCAUCGCUGUGUGAACGUGCCUGGGUCUUUUUCUUGUGAGUGUGAACCUGGUUUUCAGCUGGCAGGGAAUAACCGAUCUUGUAUUGAUGUGAAUGAGUGUGAGAUGGGCGCCCCCUGUCAGCAGAGGUGUUAUAACACGUAUGGGACCUUCCUUUGUCGCUGCGAGCAGGGUUACGAUCUUGACCCUGAUGGCUAUUCAUGCAAUGACAUUGAUGAAUGCAGCUAUUCCAGCUUCCUAUGCCAAUAUCAGUGUCUGAAUGAGCCUGGCAAGUUCUCGUGUGUGUGUCCUGAGGGUUACCAGUUAUUAGGAAGCCGCCUCUGUCAGGAUGUGAAUGAGUGUGAGACAGGUUCUCAUCAGUGUGGAGAAGGACAGAGCUGUGUGAACAUCCAUGGGGGUUAUCGCUGUGUGGACAAUCGCUGCCAAAGUCCUUAUGUCCAGGUGUCUGAAAAUCGCUGUGUGUGCCCUGUGGUGGAUCCAGAAUGUCGGGACCUGCCUUUUUCCAUAGUGCAACGUUACAUGAGCAUCACGUCGGAGCGCACUGUGCCCUCAGACAUCUUCCAGAUCCAGGCCACCAGCAUCUACCCUGGAGCCUACAACACCUUCCGCAUCCGCUCAGGAGACACCGGUGGAGACUUCUACAUACGACAAAUCAAUAACAUCAGUGCUAUGCUGGUACUUGCCCGUGCUGUGACUGGACCCAGAGAAUAUGUACUGGACCUGGAGAUGGUGUCUGUCAACCCUCUGAUGAGUUACCAGAGCACCUCUGCCCUGCGUCUAACCAUCUACGUGGGGGCACACGCCUUCUGA